AUGAUACUUGGCGAGAUUCACAACUGUUCUCUUUUUUCUUCUAUUUUUGCUGGUUCUAAUUUCAUCGACACAGUCAUGAGAUUGGCACUGAUACAAUUGAAAGUGACCAAAGAUAAAUUGGCCAAUUUGCAACAUGCUUCGGAAAAGAUUCGCGAAGCGGUGAAGGAACACAAACCCCGUUUGGUCGCACUACCAGAAUGUUUCAAUUCACCCUAUGGGACAAAAUAUUUCCCUGAAUAUGCCGAAACCAUUCCGAACGGAGAAUCAGCUAAAACUCUUUCCGAAUUGGCCAAGGAAUUGGGCGUGUAUAUUGUAGGUGGUUCCAUCCCGGAAUUGGGUGAAGAUAACAAACUCUACAAUACCUGUACUGUGUGGUGUCCCGAGGGUAAAUUAAUUGCCAAACAUCGUAAGGUACAUUUAUAUGACACCGAUGUUAAGGGUGGUAUUCGUUUCAAGGAAUCUGAUACCCUGUCGCCGGGUAAUCAAUUUACCAUUAUUGAAAUUGAUGGUCAUAAAAUUGGUAUUGGCAUUUGCUAUGAUAUUCGUUUCGAAGAAAUGGCCAAGCUGUACAGAAUUGAAGGUUGUGAAAUGUUGAUGUAUCCUGCUGCCUUCAAUAUGACUUCCGGUCCCUUGCAUUGGGAAUUAUUACAACGUGCCCGUGCCAAUGACAAUCAAUUGUAUGUGGUAACAAUCUCACCAGCCCGCGAUGAAACAGCUGAUUAUGUAGCCUAUGGUAAUUCCAUGGUUGUCGAUCCCUGGGCUAAGGUAAUCAAGCAGGCCAAAGAAUACGAAGAGACCAUCAUUGCUGAUAUUGAUUUCUCUUUGGUGGAGUCAGUUCGUCAACAGAUUACCGUUUUCCCUCAACGUCGUUUGGAUAUGUAUGGUACAGUGAAAAAGAUUUAA